UCAUAACCUUACCAUAGUUAGAUUCCGGGUCUAUCUAACCAGGUAUAGUAAACCAAGCAAUGAACGGUUUAGAUCAACUCCAAAGAACGAGCUAGGGUUGGGAAAUUGAAAAAUCAUUCCUGUUUAGAUCAAGAUCAAGAUCAAUCAAUCAAUUAAAUUAGGGGUUUUUUUAAUGAAUUAUUAUCAGAUGGAGAUGGAUUACGUUACUCAAUUUCCUCAUAAUCAUAUGGAUCGUCGUCCCAGAAAAAGGGCAAGAUUUGCUUGGGAUAUUCCCCAAUCUCAAUCUCAUCCAAAGGUUCAGUCAGGAUUGUAUUAUGGGCAAGAGAUUGGAAAUGGAACAAGCACUGGACCUUCAAGGGUACUCCCGGACCAUUCUAAUCUAUUUGUAAAGGGAUUGGCUCAAAAAGGCUCUCCCCCAUGGCGAGACGAUGACAAAGAUGGACAUUACAUGUUUGCUCUCGGGGAGAAUUUAACCUCUCGCUAUAAGAUCCAGAGAAAAAUUGGUGAAGGAACCUUCGGUCAGGUUUUGGAAUGUUGGGAUAGGGAGGCAAGGGAGAUGGUUGCCAUAAAAGUUGUGCGAAGCAUAAAGAAGUACCGUGAAGCAGCAAUGUUGGAAAUUGAUGUGCUCCACUUGCUUGGGAAGUACGACAGAAAUGGGGUUCGUUGUGUGCAAAUACGAAACUGGUUUGAUUACCGUAACCAUAUAUGCAUUGUCUUUGAGAUGCUUGGACCAAGCUUGUAUGAUUUUCUUCGCAAAAAUAAUUAUCGCCCAUUUCCAGUUGAUCUCGUCCGCGAGCUGGGCAGGCAACUAUUGGAAUGUGUAGCAUUCAUGCAUGAUUUACACCUCAUCCACACUGAUUUGAAGCCAGAGAACAUACUUUUUGAGUCUCCAGACUAUAUUAAAAUACCAGACUACAAGGUUCCAUCAAACUUGCUUGCUGAUGGGACCUAUUACAAGAGGUUGCCAAAGUCAAGUGCCAUCAAGGUUAUUGAUUUUGGUAGCACAGCUUAUGGGCAUCAUGAGCACACUUAUAUUGUCUCGACUCGGCAUUACCGUGCACCUGAGGUUAUUCUUGGGCUCGGAUGGAGCUACCCAUGUGAUAUAUGGAGUGCUGGUUGUAUUUUAGUUGAACUCUGCUCAGGAGAAGCAUUAUUUCAGACUCAUGAAAACUUAGAGCACUUGGCCAUGAUGGAGAGGGUUUUGGGACCAUUGCCACAGCACAUGUUGAGAAGAUCAGAUCGGCAUGCAGAGAAGUAUGUUAGAAGGGGUAGAUUGGACUGGCCAGAUGGUGCAACUUCUCGAGAAAGUAUCAAAGCUGUUAUGAAGCUACCUCGCCUUCAGAAUAUAGUAAUGCAGCAUGUAGAUCACUCAGCUGGGGAUAUCAUUGAUCUUUUGCAAGGUCUCCUUAGGUACGAUCCCUCCACUAGACUAACGGCACAUGAAGCCCUAAGGCAUCCGUUCUUUACGAGGGAUCAUUACAGAAGAUUCUGAACAUACUACAUGAUGUUUGCUGAUGAUGAAUUGGUUUAUCUGACAACUGGAUUCACCUCUGAGUUACCCGUUUCCAACGGACACCGAGUUACUUACCUUACGGUCUUCAUCCCCCAAGAAUACUAGAGGGAAACAUACCCUUUGCGAAGGGUUGAAGAGGGCUAGCCAGGUUUUUGAGGCAUUUUGUAUAUCUAUCAUGUUGAGACUUUGUAUAUAAUCUGUUGUAAUGAGAAGUUUGUCCUCCAUUUUUUAUUCCAUGAUUAUAAUGUCAGUAUUAUUACAGUA